AACGUAUCCAAUGGUAUAAAAUUACAUAUUUAUGUCAAUUUGGGUUAAACAACAAUUAGUUGGGUGCUAGGAGGUGAAGAGUGUUACAGAUGACUAUAUCAAACAUGAUAGUAUUCUUCGUAAUAUCACUAACGCUUGUAGCUACACUCGGUUGUCCAACGGACUGUACCUGCAGCACAGGUGAUUUUCCAACAGCAAAUUGUUAUGGAAGAGGUUUGGAAACGAUAUCAUUUAACUUUCCUGAAGACACAUACAGCAUUCUUCUUGACAGAAAUAACAUACCAGGAAUUCCCAGUGGUGUAUUUGCAAAUUUGCCAUAUCUGAAUAAGAUAGACAUGUCUUAUAACAAGAUUAAAACAAUUGAAUAUAAUGCAUUUGGAGAAAGUUCCAGCUUACAGAUUUUGCGACUCCAAAAUAACCCGAUGACAAAGAUUGAAGAUACAUACUUCAAACAUUUGCGAAACCUAUCUUAUUUGUAA